GCUGGCUCCUCGCACACGGAGGAGACCAUGGGAGGGACGGCUCGGCGCAGCCCGGAGGACUGCCGCUUUCUGGACGCAGAAGCAGCCAAGCCGCGGAAGAAGAGCUGCCCCAGGUACCAGCUCUGUGGACUGCUCUUCAGCGUGCUGCUCCUUUCCCUCAUUCUGAUAUUUUUUGGUGUCAAAUACCUCUGGAACCCAGCACCCAGAAAAGUUUAUGACAUGGAGCACACGUUCUUCAGCAACGGCGAGAAGAAGAAGAUUGUGAUGGAGAUUGACCCACUGGCCAGGACAGAGACCUUCAGCAGCGGGAAUGGCAGUGAGGAGAUCCUGGAGAUCCAUGACUUCAAAAACGGAAUAACUGGCAUCUUCUUUGUGGGACUUCAAAAAUGUUUCAUCAAAACUCAGACUAAAGUCCUACCUGAGACGACAGAGGCCAAGAUCCCUGAGCUUGAGGGACAAGAAAUCACCACCACCUACUUUGAGCAGUCUGUGGUCUGGGUGCCUGGGGAAAAGCCCAUUCAGAACAAGGAAUUCCUGAAGAGCUCCAAAAUUUUUGACAUCUGCAAAAACGUGACCAUCUUCUGGAUCCACCCCACGCCAAUAGCAGCUCCUGAGCUGGCCAACCUUGAAGGGGCAGAAGAAGAAGAGCCUGAGCUGCUGAUAGACAGCCAGAGCUGGCUGGACGGGGGCAGCGAGCACGAGGUGGAGGAGGACACGCAGGCGGGGCCCAGGCGUCGGGCACGGCAGCUCACCGAGGAGGACCUGCCCGUCAACGACUACUCGGAGAACGGGCUGGAGUUCCACCCUCUGUGGGAUGAGCGAGGCUACUGCUGUGCCCAGUGCCGCCGUGCCAACCGCUACUGCCGGCGGGUCUGCGAGCCCCUGCUGGGCUACUACCCCUACCCCUACUGCUACCAGGGCGGGAGGGUCAUCUGCCGCAUCAUCAUGCCCUGCAACUGGUGGAUCGCGCGGAUGCUGGGCAGGGUGUAGCCUGGCCGUGCCCGCUGCCACCCUGCAGGCGCUGCUGGCACAGCACCUGGCGGCCGUGGCCCCUCCCGCGGUGCCACCCCGCACGCCCAGAGCUCCCGCAGAGUGUGCGGCAGCCGCGCCGAGCAGCAGCGAGAGGCAAACAAUAAACGUCUUGUAUGAGCGAUUGCAAAGAGAAUGGAAA